AUGGCCCACGAUUAUUUUCCUAUUGUCACCGAAAGCGGGACUUGUCACGUCGCAAAGCGUCUUGAGAAACUCAAUCUCAACCAACCAUGGGUGUCAUACCUGAAGGACUUGAAAGAGGAUCAGGAUCCUAAUGGUUCGAAGGACACCGGCAAAAUAGCCGGUAUGAAGGACAUGGACAAGGUAACCGGCAUUAGCGUUAGAGGCUGGAUUUGCGACUGGGAGGGGGACAAGGUUAAGGUCCUCCUCGGACAACGGGCGGCAAUGGACUCAUCUCCAGGUCUUCACGAGGCAUUUGGAGGGAAAUGUGAUCCUGGGGAAAGUAUCCCGGGAGCUUUGAUUCGUGAAUUCCGCGAGGAAACCGGCCAGGACAUUUUAUGUAUACAAGCCUUCCUCGGGGGUGAGGUCUUUCUUACUCCGACUUCUAAGCGAUGGAUUGUCCAGCUUCAUUUCCUAGUCCAGGUUCAACGGACCGGAGAGUCUCAAGGCUUUCAUAUUCGGUUGAGACCGGAAGAGCAUCAGGCUUAUAUUUGGGCUUCUGAGAAACUCGGUGGUUUGAAUGGCAUUCAGUUCACGAAUGCUACCAAAAGCCAUUUCGAGUCCGCUGUUACAGCUUUUCGAGGGAGACCCUAG